AGGAGUAUUGGCGGGCUGCGGCGGCUCCUGCCGGCCUCCUCCGUGGCCGAGGCUGCUCCCCCCGGGGGGGCCCUGCCGAACCCCCAGCAUGGGGGAGCCCCGGCUUUGAGCAGAGACCCCUCAGCUCAGCUCCUGCCCACGUUGGGGCUGGGGCCCGUGGUUUUGCGAGGUCCGUGGGCGCGGGCGGGAGGAACCCACAGCUGAACAGCGGCUAUUUGCCGUGUGGGCGCACUAGCGAAAAGUGGAGCGGAAAGGAAAUCUCGUUGUGAUACGGGUGUGUUGUCCGACGGCAGCAGUAGGUGCCUCAGCACUGGCUCUGUGGACCCACCUCAUGAACGCUGUCUACCGGCAAACCCAAGUUUUGGGUGAGGAUUGUCAGGCAUAUAUUGAUCAUCGUGGCAAGGCACACCCUGCAAAAUCCUGUCCCAACUUCUGCUGUGGAGAUUGCGUGCAUCAAUACUGUUGCUCUAAUGCCUUCUUAAAAUUUGAUGAAGAACAACAAUUUCAGUGUUACCUGCUUGAUGGAAGGACCUCUGGCUCAAGCAACGUAAAUUAUAUGCAGUUUUUUUCGGACCCUGAUUAUUACAUUUCUUCUGGCCCCAGUUUUGGAACCCUUAUUGCGAUUGGAGUUGCUGUUUGUGGAGUGAUUGUAGUUACUAUUAUUCUGUGCCUCACCUGUUCGUGUUGCUGUUUGUAUAAAGCAUGUCGAAAACCACGGCCUGUUGUGACCACCACUUCCACGACAGUGGUUCAGGCUCCCUACCCCCAACAACAGGGAGUGCCACCCAGCUACCCAGUAGCCCCGUAUCAAGGAUAUCAGCCUGUGGCUAUCCAGCCGCAGCCAGGAAUGCCGGUAGCACCGUACCCUACGCAGUAUCCUCCCCCUUAUCCCAUGCAGCCAUCAGGACCCCCAGCUUAUCAUGAAACAGUGGCAGCUGGUGCUGGAGCACCUUACCCAAUCAGCCAGCCCCCUUACAACCCUGCCUAUGUGGAUCCUCAGAAGCCCACCUAUUGAAAAGAUCUUCUACUAUGCUUCCGCAUACAAAACUUUUUAAAGUAUAAUUUGUGCUGUUUGCACCGUGCAACUGUAGUAUAUUUUUCUGGAAGACAGCAAUCUUUUUGUCUAAGUAAAGUGAAAGUUAAUUCAGUAUCUUUUUUAAAUGCUUUUGAGUACGAGGAAGGAGUAUUUUUCUUGUGUAAGUUGUUAAUUUAUACCUCAAGCAAAUACAAAAGGAGAUUUUGUUCUAUAUACAAUGAGAAAAGCGUGAAGGAGUACUUCAGAAAUAAGAACCACAAUAACAUUUGCUGUGCAAUAAUUUUGAAAGGAAUGGGUUAACGUGAGCAUUAUCAAACAUCCAAAGCUGUGGCAGUCUUUUGCACAGUAUUAAAACAUAAAAACUUAAUCUCUGAGAAACUACCUGAUACAUGUUAUGUAUGUUCUGCCUGUUCUGAAGCUACUAUUGUUAGGUAAACUACAAUAUAAUACAUUUCAUUUGCCAUUCAAAAGGGAAUUUUCCUUUUUUAAAACACAUUUGCCUUCAGUAAGGGAUAGCAAACUAUGUUUAGUUGUCUUCGGACUAGUUGCAUUUCUCUGUGCUAAAUAACAUGAGUUGAUAAUUUCCUUUUCUUUCCCAUUUUUAAGGCUGAAAAAUGGUGCCUUCAUGGGGUGUUUUCUCAGGCCAUUUUACUUUAUAGCUAGAAAUUAACAACAAAAUCAAACUCUCUGCCACUUAGUAGAACAAGCAGAUCAAAAGCUGAAAAGCUGAGAAUUCUUCAUAAAGAUUAUUGGACAAGUAUUUGUUGUCCAAGUGUUAUUGGACAAACUUAAUAAAACGUGUUGUUGAUGACUUUGGAAGAAAAAUUAGCACCUUGCUCAUAUGCAAAGCAGAAGUCCCUGCCAGUGUUCAGUCCUGCCUCAUCAUCAUAGGGAAGGAAUUUAUUUUACAGGAGAGAUGGGAUGUCAGAAAUAGGUUGGGAUUUUUAAAUGCUUAGGGUUUGGCACUGUUUGUCUCUAGUGGGAACUGUAGACGGCAGGAACCUAGGAAUGAUGGAUCUUUAUAAACUCAGUCUGCAUUUGAAUAAUAAUAUUCAGGGGGGGAUAAGAAAUCCCAGCCCAACACACAGUAGAUAUUAAACCUCACUUUUGUCUUCAACAUUCCCAUAAAGCUGAGCAGAGAAUGAGAAGUCAGGGAAAGGAAGAGUGGUAGGAUUUGAUCACAGGGAGGUAGUGCAUUUUCAAGAAGGUAGUGCUCGCUGUCAUGAAAUAUCUUGAGACAUCCUCAUGACUGUUAACAGUGUUUGCAGGGCUUUUGGUUCUGUAAGCUUGUACUGAUCAGCCAUGAUCUUUUAAGUGUCCUCUACAAUUCUGUCUUUUCUAACAUCAAAAUACAAUUUGUUAUGCCUCAGCAGAGCUCUCUAGUCUGUUGUAUGUGUCACUGUGGCAUAGUUAGUGAAAUAAUUAUGACAUAUCUCAUACCCUUGUUCUACUUUUUUUAGGGAGGCCUUUAAGCCAUUUGUCUUGUGGUUCUGCAUUUGGGGUAUAUUGCUGUUUGCAAAACAUUGGUGGUGGCAUUGUUUUACCUCACGAUGGAUGGAAACUGCUGCUGUCAAAGGCAGUCUUUUUUUUUUUUUUUCCCCUGAUUUUUAAAGUCUGUUUCAGGGUUAUUCCGAUUCUUUUUUCAAGAAAGUCUUCAGGGCAUUUCAGCAGAAACUUGUAGAAAGUUUUUAGCAUUGGGAUUCAACAACCUGUGGCCCUCUGGUACACCUCGAGAAUGCUGAAGUUAAUGCAUGAAAAGGGGCCAAGGGGCACUGACAGGCCGUGCGUACCCUGUGGCUGUGUGUUCCUCCUCUUUCCUGCCUUGUAAACGGAGAAACUGGGCAAUGCUUCAUUAUACUGGUAGGAGUUACGUGACAGCAAACAAAAAUGCACAGUGUCUCCUGUAUGGAGGAUGAAGUGUUUCCCCAGAAACCUGGAAAUUUUAUGCAUGGAAGGGCAGUGAAGAACUGCAGAGUAAUUCCCUUGCUAUAUAUAGAUCCUACCCCUGUGUGUGUGUUCAUGUGGAAGGAGGACUGUUGCAGCACCUGUAUUAGCCGUCUGCCGGGAUGGAGUCUGGCCAGUGCGAUGCAGCCAGCGAGCCCAGCUGCCGUGCAGCACUUGGAGCACAGGUACAGUGUUCUAGUGUUGGGCUUCGUGAGGCUGUUACUCUGCACUGCUUUUCCUUUUCUCCAUCUUACGUGACAAAGCAUGCAGUUCGUGGCAGUGUUGGUAGGGUUAUGUUUUGGUUAUGAGAGGAAAAUCUGCAAUUUCGUGAGAAGCUGGCUCGGUCAUCUGCCAUCAUCCCUAAGGAAAAGAUAGUAGGAAAGUAAAGGGGCAACAAUAACAGGUCCCAAAAUCCGAAGUUUUGGUGUAGAUGUUGUACAGACCAAAUAAAUUGUCCUGAAUACCCCUGUAUGUGGAGUGUUGGGAGGAGAUAAGGGAUGGGGUUAAGGAGCCUGAAAAUUUACACCUUUCCUUCAGUGAAUGUAUGCUAAUGAUAACUAUAUGGAAGUGAAGAGAUGAAUCGUUAAUAUACAAGGAACUACUUCAGUAGUAGUAGUACUACUUCAGUUACAAAACUCACUGAAAGAAGAGAAAGUGUUCCACUUCAUAACUGGAGCACUUAAUCAGAUUUUUUUCCUUAGUGUAUUAAUCAUCGUUCACAGUAAGGCAUAGGACCAGAUUUUAUUUGGUUGUUGCCAUGCAACUGGUUGAAACUUGUUUUCAUGUAGUUAAGAGAAUGGGAUGGUUAUAGAAAAGGUGGAGAAGUUGACCCAUAAACUUUUAGUUCAAGCACUGCUGAUGUGUCAGUCCAAGUAGGUGUUGCCUUCAUAACAAACUAGUUAUCCACAGUGCCGUAGGGGAGAGGGAAUGGAAUUAAAAUUUUAAACAUUGAAAGAGUAUUUGUUAAUUUUUUUUUAAUUCUGGAGGUGCUUUUGUUUUAGAAAUGUUCUGUGAAAUUAAAUACAGUAGAAUGUUCUGUUGUGCUGAAUUGACUAGAUAAUCAUUGUUGAUUUUAUUACAUACUCUAACCUAGCUUUGUAUGUUGUUUGUAGUUUAAACGUAAGUAUUGAAAAGAAAUGGCACAAACUCUAUGCACCUUUGUAAUAAAUGCAGUGUUUGAAGUAUA